UAGUUCCUGGCUGCUCGCUAUUUGGAGUGAUGGCGCGCACGAAGCAGACGGCGCGGAAGUCGACGGGCGGCAAGGCGCCCCGCAAGCAGCUGGCCACCAAGGCUGCCCGCAAGAGCGCGCCGGCCACGGGCGGCGUCAAGAAGCCGCACCGCUACCGGCCCGGCACGGUGGCGCUGCGCGAGAUCCGGCGCUACCAGAAGUCCACGGAGCUGCUGAUCCGCAAGCUGCCCUUCCAGCGCCUGGUGCGCGAGAUCGCGCAGGACUUCAAGACCGACCUGCGCUUCCAGAGCUCGGCCGUCAUGGCGCUGCAGGAGGCCAGCGAGGCCUACCUGGUGGGGCUCUUCGAGGACACCAACCUGUGUGCCAUCCACGCCAAGCGCGUCACCAUCAUGCCCAAGGACAUCCAGCUGGCCCGCCGCAUCCGCGGUGAGCGCGCUUGAGUUCCGAACUGCUGCAGCCCUUGCUGGCCGGGCAUUGAGGCAACCCACGCAGACCCAAAGGCUCUUUUAAGAGCCACUACAUGCACAAUUAAAAGAGCUGUUGCACUAGUUUAAGCGCGCUGUUUUA